UUGUAAACUUGGGUUUGAAGUCAAAGGGAAUUCUGAUUUCAGUAACAUUGUAACCAAAAAUGGUGAAGUGGUCUGGAAAACAAUUACAGGCUGUGUGAGCUGUGCAGGAACAGGCAUAUCUACGUGUUUUGGAGGGGAAGGAUACGACCUGGGAAACUUAGGAAUAUCUGCAAAGACUGCAAAUGAUUGUACUCUGGCCUGGCAAGUCCAUUUCCAGGAAUUUAUAAGACAGUUGCACUCAUGGUAUGAAGCACUCUUUGUCAUAGCUACAUAAACAAAUCAAUAAUCUGAAACAGCCAGAUGUAAAGCAACAGAAGAGUGUUUCAGUGGAGUGUUAUGCAAUCAUAAAAAAAGGAGGCUCAUCUGAUGCAGAAUUCUUUCUGAGCUAAGUGAAAAAAAAAAACAGAGGCAUAGAUUUAUAGAUAUACCCAGAAAAUCAAUAGCAGUAGAUGCAAUAGGGAAGAGAAUGGGGGGCCACGUGGGAGGCUUCCCCCUUUUGUGUUUUCCAUUGUGCGCCAUGUGGAUGUUUAACCUCAAACUUGUUAAACAGUAAGAACAAAUAUCCAUAUUUCAAAUAUGUUUUGAAACAACUUAUUGUCAUUAGAUGCCACAAUCAUGCAGAGUACUGAACCUUGUACAUACUUUUGUUUUUUCCUACAUGUUCUGCAGUAUUGGCACAGGGUACAGUUCACAGUCCUUCCAUGUUUCAUCCCUGGUGCUUCCUUUGCAUCACUGCUCUUUGUGUUUUGAGACCAUCACUAAGUAAGAUAAGGAUUACUGAACACAGCACAGUGAUAGCAGCAGUGGAGCUGAUGAUCACAUGGCUACUGAGAGACGUACAAGUGUCCGGUGCCUGCAGCCUGGAUACGUUGGACAAACGGAUGAGAUGGGGUGGGAUAGUGCAGAAUUUCAUCAUGCUGCUCAAACCAGCAUGCAGUUUGAAACAGAUGAUUGUUUAUUUCUGGAAUUUUCCAUUUAGCAUGUUUGUACUGCAGUUGACCAUAGGUAACUGAAACUGUGGGUAAGGACUAUUGUGUACAGUGUGACUUAAUGUAAACUAACAUAUAGGAAAUGACAUCGAAUAUCUCUCUCCUGUUUGAAUAUUUCUGUAUUUUGUAAAUUUUUCCACUGGUGAUAUAUUUUUCUUUUGUAAACAGAUGAGCAUCAUGUAAUUUGUUUUUACUAACUAUAUGUUUAGUUAUAAACUGCUUAUUGAUUAUGUAGAAAUUGUAUAAUUAAGGCACAUUUUCUUUUAUAGUUUAGACAUUUCUCAUCAAGUGGUAAGAGCUGUGGUGCUAAAGCUUUUCUUGUCUUUUAAGACCAGAGUCUGGAUUACCAGAGAAGUGUGAGGCUGCUGGGCCCUGUGUGUGAGGCUGUCCAUCUACAUUUUUUAUCUUUAACCAAGGGGCAGUUUGAAACUCAAUAUAUACCAUGGUUCCAGUGGACAAGUUUUCCAGAGUUGUUUCCUGAAAUAUUUGAUGCCUUGGGAAGCCAGCAGUCUCCUGCCAUCUCUCUCAGCUUAAUGAAACUGACCUCAUGUCUAGAGCGAGCCUUAGGUGAUGUGUUCUUACUGAUUGGGAAGGAAUGUCCCUUUCUCUUAAGAGAUCUGCUUGCAUCAGAGGAGCUUGCGCAGGUCUUUGGGCAGUCUGUGAUGAAUGUGCUGAAAGUCUUCAUUGGCUCACCCUGUGGACUCAACCUGCGAAACAUCUUAUGGCAUGGGUUUGCAUCACCACAAGAAAUUCCCCCAAAAUACUGUUCAAUGAUGGUACUGUUGACAGCAGGAUUGGGUCAGUUACUCAAGAGUUACCUUGAACACACUGAGGUCACACUGGCACAUCGAUCUUUUGUAACUCUUAAAAACUUAGAAGAUUUGAUUGUUUUUCCUGAUGUUACUUCCGAGGUACUUUGGGUACUAGAACAAGUGAUGAUGAAGUCCACCUUUAUAUUAAAAAUCAUGUCACCAUAUUGGAAAUUUGCUCUGACCAAGUUCACAUCACACAGGUUUGCUGACUGUACCAUCUUGUUGUUAUCACAGCUGGAGACUGGACUUAGGAGAGUUUUUGCUGCAGUUAACCAGUGCCCAGACAGACUCCUGACUGCGGAGUCAACUGCUCUUUAUACUACCUUUGAUGAAAUAUUGGCAAAACACAUGAGUGAUGGCAAAAUCAACCAACUUCCUCUUUUCCUUGGAGAACCUGCUAUGGAAUUUCUGUGGGAUCUCCUGAACCAUCAGGAGGGUCCCCGUCUGCGAGAUCGUUUGAGCCACGGGGAGAUCAACUUACUUGAGUUUCCAAGGGAAGCAGCGAGUCAGUUGCUUGCGUUUUCCACUGUACUUAUACUCAGAUUUGCUGAUGAAGAGGAGCUGUCAGCUUUUAAGGAGAAAGCAGCAAUAAGAGUGUUGUUGAACCUUGCAGAAGGCUACAGUUCUCGUUGCCACCCAGUUUUUCAGCUUAAAAAGCAGGUGCUGAGCUGUGAGAAGAGCCUCAGGACUUGGCCUCUGCUGCCUUUGUCAGAAGGUCCCGGUCAGGAAGCAGCCAGAUUGGAAGGCAAUUCUGAAGUCAAUGCCUGCAACUCUUUAAUUACAAAACUUCUGCAUGAGCUCUUUUGCCACAUGCCUGAGAAUCACCAUGCUUUCCAUGACCCCGAUGGGCUUCCCACUGAGAAGUGGCCCCAACUGCUCGCUGAGCUCUGCAGCACUCACAUUCCCACCCUCUUCUGUCCCAGAGGCGUCCUCGAAGUGCUGGUUGUGCUCCGCAGCAUCAGCACCCAGUGCCAGCAUGUGUCCAGCCAGGUCCUGGCCUCCCUGCAGCUGAGGCACAGGCAGUGGGUGGAGAGGAGGUUGCGCUCACGACAGCGGCAGAACUACGUGUGCAUGCUGAGCAGCAUCAGGCUUCUGUCUCCCAUGCUUUACUUGAUUUUAUUGUUCAUUACACUGGAAUUGGUCAGCAUUCAUGUUGUCCAAGGAAAAGGUUCUCAAGAACACCAGCAGUAUCUGAAGUUCUUAAAGUCGAUUUUGCAGUACACUGAGAACCUAGUGACCUAUACCAGCCAAGAGAAGAACAAAUGGAGUGAAACUAUUAGUCUUACACACACAGCUUUGUUGAAAAUUUGGACUUUCAGCAAGAGGAAACAAAUGUUAAUGCAUGUAGCCAAGAAAUCCACAAGUGAAGUAGUCUUAUGAAGUCCGAGUGCUUUUGGUAACAAAAAACACAGUUUAAAUAGAUUUUAGCACCCUUUAAAAGGGGCAUCUGAUGGUGGAGUAAACUUCACCACUGCUUGAUCAGGGA